AUGUCUGACAAUACGCCCAUCCCCCCAACAAUCUCGGUGACCCUGUCCAUUAAUCCGCCGACAUUCACCAGGGGCUCUGUAUCACCUCCUAGUGCCACCAUCUCUAUAGUCGCGACCUUACACGCUUCUGAGCCGAUCACUAUCUUCACAUGGCACACCAUCUUCAAUCUCAAACUUGCCCAGCGCCGUAGGAACUUCAUCUGCACAGAUCUCACGACUGGUUUGCCCCUCCAGCUCGAGAGGACGAAAGGCCCCAAAAGACCACAGUUUAGUUAUGAACUCGGUGGCCAUGAUGACCAGUACUUCAUCACGUUGGAGCCAGAGAAAACUACUAUCAUCACCCACCGGUUCCUUCGAUCUGCUGGCCUGGAAGGUGACCGAGUCUUUAAGCCCACCCACAGAUACCAACUCAAAGUACGUGAUAAUGAGGAGGCCGAGUGGUGGCGCUAUGGAAGGAAGGAGGAUGUCAUGUCGCCUCCUGGUCAGUCUUCUCCGAAAGCAGGGUGUGAAGAUCCGAGUGGUCCGCCGAUCAAAUUGAGUCCUAUUGAUCCGGUUGAGUUUGAGGUCGAAUGA